AUGGCAGCUUUGGAAGAGAUACCUGGGCCUCCUGGACUUCCUUUUUUAGGGAACGUCCAAGAUGUUAACCCCAUCAGUCCACUUGCUAGUAUUGAGCGUUUGGCAGGAAUAUAUGGUUCCAUCUUCAAGCUUAAUAUCGGCGGUUCUGAAAAAUUGUGGAUAUCCUCGCAAGCACUCCUCAAUGAGGUCUGCGACGAGAAGAGGUUCACGAAGAUAGUAUCUGGCAGCUUAGAGGAAGUUCGACACGGUGUCGGCGACGGCCUUUUCACAGCCAACUAUGGCGAAGAAAAUUGGGGAUUGGCACAUAGAGUAUUAAUGCCAGAUGACUUCACGAGAUUGGCACUGGACUCUAUUGCUUUGUGCGCUAUGGGUACCCGUUUCAAUAGCUUCUACCGUGAAGAAAUGCAUCCCUUCGUCGGCGCCAUGAGUGGAUUCCUUGUCGAAUCUGGUGCUAGAGCUCAGCGACCUGCUAUCGCCAAUUAUUUUAUGCGUUCUGCACAAGCCAAGUUCGAUUCUGAUAUCGCGCUGCUUCAAAGUGUGGCCAAAGAACUGUUGGCUGAGCGACGGGCGAAUCCCAAUGAUAAGAAAGAUCUGCUUAAUGCCAUGAUCAACGGCAGAGAUCCAAAAACUGGAAAAGGCCUCUCAGAUUCGAAUAUUUUGAACAAUAUGAUUACCUUUCUCAUUGCUGGUCAUGAAACGACGAGUGGAAUGCUCUCUUUCCUUUUCUAUUAUUUACUAAAGAAUCCUUCAGCAUACCAGGCAGCUCAACGCGAGGUUGAUGGAGUUGUUGGCAAGGGACCCAUAACCAUUGAUCACCUUUCAAAACUCCCAUACAUAGAAGCUUGCCUGCGAGAGACACUGAGGUUGAAUCCUCCAGCCCCCGUUAUCUCCUUCUAUCCCCUGCCUGAUUCAACCGAGUCGCCCAUAAUCAUCGGUGGUAAGUACGAAGUGAAGCCAGGACAGUCAAUACUUGCUCUCAUCCCUGAAAUUCACCGUGAUCCCACUGUCUACGGUGACGAUGCCGACUUAUUCAAACCAGAACGAAUGUUGGACGAGCCUUUCAGAAACUUACCACCCAACGCCUGGAAACCGUUCGGCAAUGGUAUGAGAGGGUGUAUCGGGAGACCUUUUGCAUGGCAGGAGGCACUUCUGGCCGUCGCUAUGCUCUUACAAAACCUCAAUUUCAGAAUGGAUGAUCCAAGUUACAAUCUUCUCAUCAAACAAACAUUGAGUAUCAAGCCAAACGGGUUUUAUAUGCGCGCGAGCCUCCGGGAUGGCAUUGAUUCUCUUGACCUCGAAAAAAUGCUGCACGUUGAUACUUCCAAAGAGCGACUGUCAGAGAACGAUCAAAAACUUAGCAAGGAUUUGAGCAGCUCGGGAAAGCCAAAGCAACCGAUGUCUAUUUUUUAUGGUUCGAGCUCAGGAACAUGUGAAGCUUUGGCUCGAAAUCUUGCAAGAGAAGCUAGUGGACGUGGCUACGAGGCUCGAGUUGACCCUCUUGAUGCUGCUGUAGACAAAAUUCCGAAAGGCCAGCCAGUAAUCUUGAUAUCGUCAAGUUAUGAAGGGCAAGCUCCUGAUAAUGCUCGCCAUUUCGUUGAGUGGCUGGAAAAUCUAAAAGGCAGUGAUCGCCUUAAGGACAUUAAAUAUGCUGUUUAUGGUUGCGGAAAUCAUGAUUGGGUAGCUACUUAUCAGCGAAUUCCGAAAUUGCUCGACACCGAAUUCGAGAAUAACGGCGCAACAAGAAUCGCAGAUACUGGGGUAGGUGACGUUGCUGCUGGAGAUAUCUUCGAAGCUUUUGACAAAUGGCAAGAUAGUUGUCUUUGGACUCAAUUAGCUAGCAGUGCGGUUCCUGAAGAAGAUGUAGGAUUGGAGAUCGACAUCGAUUCUAGUGCCCGGUCCUCCAGGCUUCGACAAGACGUACGCGAAUCAAUUGUUUUAAGCAACAAGGUUUUGACCGCACCGGGAGUGCCGGAGAAGCGUCACAUAUCACUCAAAUUGCCGACAGCCGCAAGUACACCUGAACCAGAAGUAAGAGAAAAGAUCGAGUAUUUGGGUAAGGAAGGCUUCAACCAAGAAGUUUUCCUCAAACGUCGUUCGCCAUUGGAUAUCCUCGAAGAAUAUCCAUCCGCCGCAUUAUCUCUGGGAGACUUCCUAGCAAUGCUUCCACCCAUGAGAAUACGUCAGUACUCUAUCUCUUCAUCGCCGUUUCAUGACCCUACAGUCGCCACCCUGACCUGGUCUGUUCUCGACGCUGUCUCAAAAGCCGGUGAGUCGAAGCGUUAUUUGGGGGUAGCAUCGAACUACCUUUCUUCUGUUGAAGAGGGAGAUCGUGUGCAUGUCUCUGUCAGACCAAGUCGUGGAUCUUUCCAUCCACCCACGGAUUUGGAGAAUACUCCGGUAAUCUAUAUUUGCGCCGGGACUGGAUUAGCCCCUUUCCGUGGUUUUGUACAAGAGCGAGCAUUGCAAAUCGCAGCUGGACGAAAACUAGCCGCUGCAUAUUUGUUCAUUGGCUGUGGACAUCCCGAUAAAGACUCUUUGUUCUCCGAGGAGCUAAAGAAAUGGGAAGCGGAUGGAGUAGUAAAGCUGCAUUACGCCUUCUCGCAAUCUCCAGAAAUAAGUAAAGGAUGCCGCCAUGUUCAGGAUAGACUUUGGGAAGAAAGAGAAGAGUUAAGGAACGUUUUUCAAAGUGGUGCAAAGUUGUAUGUGUGUGGAUCAAGUAUGGUUGGUGAAGGCGUCUCGGUCAUGACUAAAAAGAUUUACGCAGAGGCUGCUGAUCUUCUUGGGAAGACUAAGACGGACGAGGAGGUUGAGGAUUGGUUUCAGAGCAUCAAGAAUGAUAGGUUUGCUAGUGAUGUCUUCACUUGA